AAAGCUGUUGUCCUGAAAACGACGGAUGACACGCUGCGUCAAGCGGUUUCUGAUACCUCACGUUCCACCGGUGACAGUCGGCCGACAUGACUGGAAAGAUGAAAUUUUGUCGUUAUCUUUAUUGUUAUCGGGAAAAAGCAGCGAGCAGCUUGGGGAACGAAUCACUUUUGCGACACGUUUCACUGGAAAAAAAGGUUCGAUAAUAAAUGUUUUCGUGAAGGUCGUUACAAAAUCCAUAAUUGUCAAUGGUAUAAGGCUAUUAUAACAGCUUACAAUAAUUUCAUUUUCAAUCCGAAGAUUUCCAACAAAAUCGUAAAAACUCCGUUCAAUGUUGACACUCUUCAUAUGACACACCCUGCAAGUGCGUCAGCUUGUUCAAAAGAUUUUUAUUUUGAUGUAAUUUGACAAGUUAUUGACAAUAACUUAGCUUUUGAUAUUAAACAAUUAUUUUUAUAUUGAAUUUCAACCUUACUUUAAUUAUUUUAGGGUUAUUCUCAUUGAAAAAAUAGCUUCUUAAAAAAAAAACUAAUUAAAACAGAUCCGGUAGUGCAGAGCUCUGCACAUUGCGUUGCAUAUCAUGCGUUAACUCCGUAUCAAGCCCCAAGUUCAACAGUUGUGCCUCCAGUUUGAGUAAACAUCACGUAAUGUCUGUUUGGCAACCUUCCACAGAACGCACUACUUUUGCACAAGCCCCUAAAUUUUGACCACAAAGCUUCUGGUCAGUCUAGCUUUGCAUUCACCACAAUGAAGAGCCAAAUUUUCCUUCUAGUUUUUGCUUUCCUACUGAAGUACGCCCCGCCCACAAACGGACAAAGUCUCCAGGAUGAUCUGAACGACCUGCAGCAGCACGUGCCCAUGGCACAGAUUCAGGAGCUGUUUGUACGAUACUUGAUGGCCGAUCCCGAGUUCCGGCAAACCGUCCAGUACUUCCGGGGGCCGGAAUUUGCCACCAUGUGGAACCGAUUUCUGGAGGUGCCCAAGGUUCGCGAGCUGUUCACCUACAUGGCCUCCGCCGGACUGAUGGUCAACGAAGCGCUGGAGAUGUUCGCAGGGUUUACGGGAAUGGAGAAACCACGGACCAAGUUCAGACGAUGUAACUUGAGUGAGAGUUUUUUUUUGGAGAAGUUAUUCACGUUUCUAUCUAAAAUUGCAGCGAUAGCUCCAAAAAGUGGUGGCUUCCGAGCGUUCAUCGCCGAAGUGGUUGAGCUGUGCUCCUCCAGUGAUUUGGCCAGUGCCCACGAAGCGAAGAAAGCGUCGAGUUCCCAAUAUCGUGAGAUGGUCAGCAAAUUUGAAGCUCCGGAAUUCAAGCGAUUGCUGGCUGAAGCUUCUGAUGACCCUCAAGUGAAACCUUUACAAGACGAGCUUAGUUCCUACGGAAUCGACUUUGAUGUGUUGUUCGAGCUUUGGAAGUCAUUUUUCGGGUGGUCUUCCAUAUUUUGAAAACAAAAU